AUGGCCGCAUGGGAAACUGAAAUGCCUGUCGGCUCCCUGAUGGUGAAAGGAUGUUUCUGCCACAGAAUCAUGUUUGACGUGGUGCAGCGAUCUCCGGCUGUCAUGUGCGUGGAUCUCAUGAUGUAUGGCUCGCAGGACAUCUUCGCACUGGCAUUGGAGCUGCUCUUUGCGCACUGCUGCCAAGGAUCUGAGCUCCUCAACCUCCUGGAGAAGGUGGAGUUGCUCACCACUGCCCAAGACAAGCUCUUCUCCUCCCUGAAGCACGACGUCUUCUCCCUGGGGCGCCUGAUCUACAGUAUUGAAAACUGGGGGGUUGACGAUGACUUCUCCACCAUCGACAAUGCAAAGCUGAAGCAGUUCAGUUCACUGUGCAAGCGGAUCCGCGGCCUUUGCAUCAACGGGGACCCGUCGAGUAGCCCCUUCGAGGUGCAGAAGAUGCUUCAUGAAACGGAGUUCUUCUCGCACAUGGACUACACUGUCAGGAUGAGCUUCUCUGACUUCCCGCAGAGCUCCGAAGUCCUGGUGAAGACAGUCAUCUCCCAGAUGUGCCACUGCGCAGUCAAGGCCGUGGCGAACAACAGCAAGAACCAGAUGCAAGCUUACCGGUCUGUGGAUGCGAUGAAGGCUUUGGUUGCCGAGCAGCCGGAAUCUGCACUGCUGCUGGCAGAGAUCUUCAAGGGCAACUUCACCAUCUGCCGGCGCGUGCCCGAAGAUCUCAUCGCGAAAUUCUCGGAGCUCAUCCUACGGGAGAGGAUGGCGGGCAGCUUUGUGUCCUGCUACAUCGACUUCUACAUGGCCAUCGUCUCCGCCGGCAACAAGCCCGUGGUGCGGAAUCAG